UAAAUUGUUUUGUUCAAACAACAUCAAAUUGAUAGUUUCCACAUUUUGGACUCACAAAAAACAAUACAACUAAUGAAUAAUGAAGUUCAUCAUAUUAGUAAUUUCACUUGGAUUUGCAACAAUCAUUCUAUGUGAAAAAUCUCGAAUGGUUUUAAUAACUACUGAUAAACGGUACCAUUCCUUCUACGUGCCAAUAUCCAAAGAGCCUGUCGUAACCUGGAUGGAUACGCAGGAUGGAAUCUAUCCAAACGUGUCUCCAAUCAAUUCCGAGGUUGAAAUUGGAAGUGAAAUAUCUCUUCUGAUCUUCAUGAAAGACAAGAGCAGACUCUACGAUUUGAAAAUUAACAGAUGCGUUGCGUACGACGAGGAGAACUUGAAAAAAUCGAACAAUUCUUUGACCUUGUACAGUAGAUUCGAAAAGGACAAAUCAAAAUCGAAGAAAUACAAAAAUUUGGAUUGGAAACGUGAGCCGAUCGCGAAUUUUACCAGUCUGUUUUAUUCCGAGUUCGAGGCAUUCAAAUUUCCAGAUCACGACAGGAUUUUCUUGACCUGCGACAUUGAACUGUGUUUCAAGCCUUGCAAGGUGGACGUGUAAAUGAAAACGCACGCAACGUUAACACAUUAGUACAAACACUACACGAAGCGACGUUACAUAAUUUAAAUUGAAUAAAGGAAAUCGAUAUCGCUAUUUUCGUUUUGCUUAACGAAUCUCACGGCUCCGUUCGUAAUCCGUGUUAAAAUGGAGUACACGUGCAGAAAUGCUGCUUUGGAUAAAAAUGUAACAUCCAGAAGCCGUACGUAGCCAGACAAUCGAUACUCCAAUUCAAUAACAAAACAUACGAAAAGCGUUCAACACUAACAUAGCAACAAUCGCGAUAAUAAACACGUUUUUCUCCUGUCUAUUCGAUCGAGUGUACAUUAUUAUAUAGAUUAUCAGUAUUGUAGGAAGUUUGUUAAUACUUUAUAAACUCAUUACAU